AUGGCUACCCCUCGGUUACAAGCUGGUGGAUCUAAUUAUAACAGAAACAAAAUUUACAGAAUGCCUGUCCUUCAGGAUUUCAGGGAGGAUGAAAGUGAGGAGGAGGAAGAAGAAAGGGUGGGUGGCAGUGAUAACUUCGAAAAGGUGUUCCUUAAGCCAGUUAUUGAGGACAGAAACAUGGAACUGGCCAGAAGAUGUACUGAAAUUAUAAGUGAUAUCCACUAUAAAGAAGAGUAUGAAAAAUCUAAAGGCAAGUUCACAUUUGUAUCUGACACCCCUCAGUUAAAACAUAUGAAAAAUAUGAGUGCUUUUAUUUCUGAGGCAAAGUACAAAGGAUCUGCUAAAAAAGACCUCUCCAAUUCUCUGUAUAAGCAGAUGCCAGCCACAAUUGACAGUGUGUUUGCAAGAGAAGUUACACAGCUUCAGAGCAAGGUACUCUACAAACAGAAACAUGAUACUGAAAAAGGGACAUCAGAUUAUGCACAUAUGAUGGAGCCCCCAGAUGUUAAGCAUGCUAUGGAAGUCAAUAAACACCAGAGUAAUGUGUCAUAUAAGAAAGAUGUACAGGAUACACACAGAUACACUGAAGUGCUGAACAGGCCAGACAUAAAGAUGGCAAGCAAGAUAACAAAGAUAAUAAGCAAUGCUGAAUAUAAGAAACAAAGAGGAGAAAUGAAUAAGGAGACUGCUGUACUCGGAAGACCAGAUUUUGAGCAUGCUAAGGGAGUUUCUAAACUUUUAAGCCAAGUUAAAUACAAAGAGCAAUUCAAAAAGGAAAUGAAGAACCACCAGUAUAACCCUCUUGGCAGUGCUUCUUUCAAGCAAGCACAGAUGGCAUCCACCUUGGCGAGUGAUGUGAAAUACAAAAAAGAUAUGGUGGAAACUCUACACAAUCCGGUUUCAGACCUACCAAACUUGCUAUAUUUAGAACAUGCUUUAAAUGCCAGCAAAAUGCACAGUAAUUAUGAAUACAAGAAACUGUUUGAGAAAAGCAAGGGGCACUAUCAUUUUGCCCUGGAUACAACUGAACAGAUGCAUCACAAAGAAAAUGCUGUGCUCCAAAGUCAGGUUAAGUACAAAGAGGAUUAUGAAAAAUCAAAAGGCAGGUCAAUGAUGGAGUUCAUGGAUACGCCAAUUUAUCAAGUUUCAAAAGAAGUUCAAAAGAUUCAAAGUGAGAAAGCAUAUCGCAAAGAUUUUGAAGAAGGGCUUAAAGGAAAGGCAUCGCUGGAUUUAGACAAGACCCCAGAAUUCUUGCAUGUACAACAUGUCACCAAACUUUUGAAAGGGAAAGAAUAUAGAAAAGAUCUGGAAAAUGAAAUAAAGGGGAAAGGAAUGAUACUGAUUCCAGAUAUUCCUGACAUUCGGAGAGCAAAAAGAGCAUCUGAAAUUGUUAGCGAGAAAGAAUACAAGAAAGACCUGGAGACUGAAAUUAAAGGGAGGGGCAUGCAAGUGGGCACAGACACCCCUGAGAUACAACGGGCCACGAAAGCUUCUGAAAUUGCAAGCCAGAAAGAAUACAAGAAAGACCUAGAGACUGAAAUUAAAGGGAAGGGGAUGCAAGUGGGCACAGAUACCCCUGAAAUACAACGAGCCCAGAAAGCUUCUAAAAUUGCAAGCCAGAAAGAAUACAAGAAAGAUCUGGAGACUGAAAUUAAAGGGAAGGGGAUGCAAGUGGGCACAGAUACUCCUGAGAUACGAAGAGCCAAAAGAGCUUCUGAAAUUGCAAGCCAGAAAAUGUACAAAGAUGAAGCAGGGAAGAUGCUCUGUAACUACUGUACCAUACCAGAUACUCCAGAAAUUGAGAGGAUUAAGAAUACUCAGAAAAACAUCAGUUCAGUGUUUUAUAAGAAGGGAGUAGGCUCUGGCACAGCAGUCAAAGAGACUCCUGAGAUUGAACGAGUAAAGAAAAAUCAGCAGAAUAUUAGUUCAAUAAAAUACAAAGAAGAAAUGAAGCAUGCCACAGCAAUUUCGGAUCCUCCAGAAAUAAGGAGAGUUAAGGAAAACCAGAAGAAUAUUAGCAAUGUUCAGUACAAAGAACAGCCUUGCAAAGCUACGCCUGUGACCGUCACCCCUGAGAUGGAAAGAGUCAAGAAGAAUCAAGAAAUUAUCAUUGGUGGUAAAAGUAUUGAACAGCUUUGGGCCAAGAACAGGUCCACUCAGGACCGUAGUAGAAACACGCCCAUUGGAUGCUGA